GAUAAUCCAACUGAAUGGAAAUCAGCUGUUCUCUCGUCACGAACGUGACGACUUGUAAAAUUAAAUUGUAUAAUUGCUGUAUUAAAACACAAUCUAGACGCAAGUCCUGGUCGACCGAUGGAUUCCAACUUGCGUAAUCUGAAGGACUUUCUCACAUUAUACAACAAAGUGACGGAAUUGUGUUUCAGCCGAUGCGUGGAUAAUCUCAGCCAGCGCGACCUGGGCGGCCAUGAGGACAUCUGCGUGGACAGGUGUGUCACCAAGUUUGCCCGCUUCAAUCAGAAUAUGAUGAAGGUGUACGUGGAUGUGCAGACCACGAUUAACGCCAAGCGCAUGGAGGAGGUGGAGGAGAACGCCCGCAAGGCCCAGCAGCAGCAACAGAAGGAGCAGGAGAAGGAGCAGGAGCAGCGACUGAAGGAGGCGGCGGCCACCACCAUACUUACUCCAGUCCAGCCGGGCGUCACCGGCAACCUGUCGAUGUAGCAGCAGAACUCGGGGUG